AUGACCGAACAGUGGAUGAUCAAGAUGGUGGGUCAGGCUUUGGAGGAGCUGCUCGUGGAAGCUUAUCACCAGAACUGCCUCAGAAUCGGUGUAAUUGAGUCCUACAAAUACAUGAAAGCAAACCCGCACAGAGUCGUCCUGUGCGUCCUUGCCAGCGAAACAGAGGGUGACAUUAUGUUACAGAUGAAUCUAAUCCAGCUAAAGGAUAUGUGCUACAAGAAGAACGUCAGCAUCAUGUGUUCGACAGACACGAGACGGCUGGCAGAGCUGGUGAACAUGGAUGACAUCAACGGCAACGAGGCCUCGCGGGACCUGCACUGCAUUCUGGUCACUGUCCCUCCAGUGAAGCCGCUUCCACACCAGGCCCUGCAGAUCCUCAGCAGCUUCUGCGAAGAAAGCCGACGGAGGGACUCGUCGGUGCAUUGCCUUUCUUGUUACUACGUUUGUUCUUAUCGCUACCCAAGCCGCAGUUGUUGUUGUUGUUGUCGUUGCUGUAAAUAA